AGAGAUUGAUUAAUGGUAUCUUCAGUAAAGAUCCAAUUGCUGGAAAACUUAUCCAACAUAAAACAAUAUCCAUCCAAUCAUAAUGUGUGCAAACAUUAUUUCCAUAAUCCCCACUUGCAUAUAUACAUACAUAUAUAUGUUCCCUACUACAUAUUUUUUUAUAUAUUAUAUAUCAACAUACAUAGUUAGUUGAUAUAUACCAGUAUUAGCCAUCUCUCUCUCUCUCUUCUCUCUCUCACACACACACAUAACACACACUGUGUGUGGAUUAAUCAAAAUGGGGAGGAAGUGCUCAGAAUGUGGGAAGGUAGGCCACAAUUCAAGAACCUGCACCACAUCAGCUUCAAGAUCAGGACUGGUGGCUGAUGAUCGUGAUGAUGACGUCAUCAUCAAUGGCGGCGGAGGAGGAAUAAGAUUAUUUGGUGUACGGAUUGAUGAUGAUGUCAUCAUCUCAUCAUCCGCUUUGUCUUCUUCAUUAAUCAUAACUCCGAUGAAGAAAAGCCUGAGGUUUGAUUCCUUGCCUAUAAUGAUCUUGACACCACCUGCUGCACCUUCCUCUUCUUCAUCUUCUUCGAUAUACGACAACUCCGACAAUAAUAAUAAUACUUUCACCGCCGGUGGUUAUCUCUCCGACGAUCCGUUAAUUCACCAACCUCCGGAGAGAAGAAAAGGAGUGCCGUGGACAGAAGAUGAACAUCGAACAUUCCUAGAUGGACUAGAAAAGCUAGGGAAAGGAGAUUGGAGGGGCAUUUCGAGAGAGUAUGUGAGUACGAGGACUCCAACGCAAAUUGCAAGCCAUGCUCAGAAAUAUUUUCUCCGGCAGACGACUAAGAAGACUAAACACCGUUCUAGUCUCUUCGAUAUGGUUGGUGCUGAUAAUGAUCAAUGUCUUUAGUCUCGGAUACAGCCGAUGAGUUUCGAUUUUUCAAGAAAAUAUAUGUGGGAAAAUAAAUCUUCACUGAAUUAACUUCCCUCCUAGUGGUUUUGUUUAUUUUUUUUAUUUUUUAUUUUAUGAAAUAUUAAUAAUGUAAUAUGUAAUUUCUUAAUUUGUAAAGAAUAUCUAGUGGAACAAUUAUUUCUAAUUACAAAGAAAGUUUUGUCUA